CUGAAAGUUCAGUGUGAAUCUAGUGUGAUGACCCAGGUUGAGAUCUAAAACCUGCAGGACACCGACCCUUGAGGCCUGGAGUUCCCGACCGCUGUGCUAGCAGCUGGAGCCAAGCAACCCAUCUGCCAGAGUUUAUCCACUACUUCAAAAGCAAAUCACAACAGUUGUGUCAUGGCACAUUUCUGAAGUCCUGUUUGAAUCCUCAAGAUGAGCAUUUCUGUUGUCGCCAUCUUGUUUGCCAAAAAAUGGAUGUAAUGUGGAGCCAUGGGUCUGACUGCGAAUCUACACACUCACUGGCUAAUUCUAUAGGACUGGAAAUGUUUUUGCAAUCACAGGUAUCGCCAUCUUAUGGCUGUCAGAGAGAACAGAGGUUUUAAGGCACUUCCACUUUGGCUUCAUUUUUGUAUCCCAGAAGCUUCGUCCAUGUUUUAUGCUGCCAGAGUCUUUUAAACUAGUCUUUUCACCAUAUGUGAGCUGUUUUUGCCUUUUGGAUUAUUUAAAGGAUUAUCUUAUUGUUAUUCUGCUGGCUGGGAGCAUCCAAAAAGUUUGUGCUUCAGUUUUGAGUGCCUGUAAGUAGCAGCUCCAUCUUCUCUUCCUUGUGUGUGUACCCUCUGCAAGAGCCGGGGGCACAUACUAUAUGUGUAUGUGAGAUGAGGAGGAGCUAAGUGGCUACCACAACCACCUAGAUCAGACAGCCUCCUGUGCUGCAAGAUGGAUUAGAGCCCCACACCUCAGGAGAUCAAAGGUGGCUGUGACAGGGGCACCCCCGGGGCAGGACCCAUGAGGAGUCAUAGAAGAUGCUCACAGCCUGGGCGCUUCUGCUCUUCUUAGCCAUGUGGGUGAGAAGCACCUUUGGUGGCCCGCUCUCCUUUCGAAUAGCUGCCAUCCUUGAUGACCCUAUGGAGUGCAGCAGAGGAGAGCGUCUGGCUAUCACGCUGGCCAAAGACAGCAUCAACAGGAGCAGUAACCGCUCCACCACUGGCAAGCUGGAGGUGGACAUCUUUGAACUGCUGAGAGACAGCGAAUAUGAGAUGGGGGAAACAAUGUGCCAGAUCAUGUCCAAAGGGGUGGUGGCGGUCCUUGGUCCAUCUGCCAGUCCAGCUUCCAACUCAAUCAUCAGCAAUAUAUGUGGAGAGAAGGAGGUGCCCUAUGUCAAGGUGGCUCCAGAGGACAUUUUGAAGGUUCAUUUCCCCCGCUUCACCACUUUGGACCUGAGACCAACAAACACCGACAUCAGCCUGGCCGUGGCCGGCCUUCUCACCUUCUUUAACAGCACCACCGCCUGCCUCAUCUGUGCCCAGGCCGACUGCUUAUUAAACCUGGAGCAGCUCCUCAGGCAGUUCCUCAUCUCCAAGGAGACUCUGUCUGUGCGCAUGCUUGAUGACAGCCAGGACCCGACCCCACUCCUAAAGGAGAUUCGAGAUGACAAGACUGCCACCAUAAUAGUUGAUGCCAAUGCCACAAUGUCACAUAUCAUUUUGGAGCGGGCAUCAGAGCUGGGAAUGCUGUCAGUCUACUACACUUACAUCUUCACCUCUCUGGAAUUCUCUUUACUCCGACUGGACGACGUGGCGGACCAGCGAGUCAACAUAGUUGGUUUUUCCGUCUUCAACAAAACUCAUCCCUUCUUCCAGGAUUUUGCGCUAAGCCUCAACCGCUCCUGGCAAGAGAACUGUGACCACGCACCCUUCGCCGGCACCCCACUCUCGUCAGCUUUGCUCUUUGAUGCGGUAUACGCUGUGGUGGCGGCGGUCCAGGAGUUGAACCGUAGCCAGAACGUCGGAGCCACUCAGCUCUCCUGCAAGUCCUCCAAGAUCUGGGAGCACGGCACCAGCCUCAUGAAUUACCUGAGGAUGGUAGAAUUGGAAGGUCUAACAGGGCACAUUGAAUUCAACAGCAAAGGACAGCGGUCUAACUAUGCCCUGAGGAUCAUGCAGAACAGCAAGGACGGCCUAAGGCAGAUUGGCCUGUGGCACUCUGAAGAUGGACUGUCCAUGGAGAGAAAGCUUCCAUCUAUCAAUGUGACGGACACCCUCUUCAACACGACUCUUAUCAUCACAACAAUACUGGAGAAUCCGUAUGUGAUGCUCCGACAGAACCACCAAGAACUCGAGGGAAAUGACCGCUAUGAGGGCUUCUGUGUGGACAUGCUGAAGGAGCUGGCAGAUAUUCUCAAGUUUAAGUAUCGCAUCCGGCUGGUGGGGGAUGGAGUCUACGGAGUUCCCGGAGCUAACGGAACAUGGACGGGCAUGGUUGGAGAGUUAAUCUCAAGAAAAGCAGACCUGGCAGUCGCAGGCCUGACCAUCACAGCAGAGCGUGAAAAGGUGAUUGACUUCUCCAAGCCUUUCAUGACCCUUGGUAUCAGCAUCAUGUACCGCGUCCACCUGGGACGUAGGCCAGGCUACUUCUCCUUCCUGGAUCCCUUCUCACCGGGUGUUUGGCUCUUCAUGCUUCUGGCCUACUUGGCUGUCAGUUGCAUUCUCUUUCUGGUGGCCAGGCUGACACCUUAUGAAUGGUACAACCCCCACCCUUGUUUAAAGGGACGCUGCAACCUGCUGAUCAACCAGUACUCGCUUGGCAACAGCUUCUGGUUCCCAGUUGGAGGCUUCAUGCAGCAAGGAUCCACCAUUGCCCCUAGAGCUCUGUCCACACGUUGUGUGAGCGGAGUGUGGUGGGCCUUCACAUUAAUCAUCAUCUCCUCCUACACCGCCAACCUGGCCGCCUUCCUAACAGUGCAGAGGAUGGAGGUACCGAUAGAGUCAGUAGAUGAUCUGGCAGAUCAGACGGCGAUAGAAUAUGGCACCAUGCACGGUGGAUCCACGAUGACCUUCUUCCAGAACUCCCGCUACCAGACGUACCAGCGCAUGUGGAACUUCAUGCAAUCAAAGCAGCCCAGCGUGUUUGUGAAGAGCACAGAGGAGGGGAUUGCCCGUGUCCUCAACUCUAACUACGCCUACUUGCUGGAGAGCACGAUGAAUGAGUACUACCGCCAGAGGAACUGCAACCUGACUCAGAUUGGAGGACUGUUGGACACUAAGGGCUAUGGUAUCGGCAUGCCGCUGGGGUCAGUGUACCGUGACGAGUUCGACCUAGCCAUCCUCAAACUGCAAGAGGACAAUCGUUUGGAAAUCCUGAAGAGGAAAUGGUGGGAUGGCGGCAAGUGUCCAAAAGAGGAGGACCACCGUGCUAAAGGUCUAGGAAUGGAGAACAUCGGUGGCAUCUUUGUGGUGCUGGUGUGUGGACUGCUGGUGGCAAUCUUCAUGGCAGUGCUGGAGUUUGUCUGGAUGUUAAGGCACGCGCCAGGAAAUGAGCAGUCAGUGUGUGAGGAGAUGCUGCGGGAGCUCCAGGGGAUCGUUCUGUGUCGCGACAGCCUGCAGGCGAGGCGCCGCCGGGCGGCGUCGAUGCUGCGGCCACGGCCCUUACCUCUGGAGGAACGUCGGGCGCGAGCUGCCGCUGUCAGCCUCAGCAACGGAAAACUGUGCGGGGGCACGGGACUGCCUGAACCCCUUUCCCACAGACUGGCGCAGGAGGCUGCCCUGGUCGCGAGGGGUUGUAGCCACAUCCGCAUUUGUCCCGAGUGCAGACGCUUCCAAGGACUGAGGAUGCGCCCCACAGGGGCCCCAGGGGCCCUCCCGUCUCCCACUCACAGUGAGGAGAGCAUAGAGUGGGACAAGACCACAAAUAGCAGUGAACCUGAAUAACGCCCCACAAUUCCAGCAGGACUGCCUUUCCCAGCAGCCACCUCUCUUCUUUCCAGGGAUCAAAGAUCAUGUGGCAUUUUAAUUCUGCCAUCCAGAGUUUAUUCUUAAAGGACAGGACAAUGCUGUGGACUUUCUUUUACCCCUGAGGCGACCGCCAGCAGUGAGUUUUUGGAAUCUCUCCUUGGGCGAACUUUUUCCUUGGUCAUAGGAAAAACUGAUGAGUCUGUCUCAUUGUGGUCUGUCCCUGGUGGCCCUCUGUACCGUGUAAAACAGGACAGACAAAAACAGCUACGGGGCAUUUGUACUAUGCAGUAUUUCCAGUCAUUUAUCAUUGUGCUGUUUCUUUUCUUUCCUUUUUAAAUUAUUUCUGUCCUCUGUUGGAUUAUCAGUACUGAAUAUUGUUAUUCUAUUGUUAAAAAAAACAAAAACUUUAAACAAGGUCCUUUUUUUAUCUGACAAUUUACUCUAGGAACGUAUAUUGCCUCUGAAGAGCUGCAGAGAUGGACAGACUAAUGCAAGGUCGACCUUCACGUUCUUUUGUUUUGAAAGUGCCAAAAACCACAAGCAUCAUCUUGUGGCUGAAGAAAGCACCACAGCCUUGAGAAGACGGCAAACUCAUGUGAACAUAGAAAACAAAAGGACAGACAUGCGGACACAAAGACUCCUUUUAUAGUAGUGAUAUUCUAUUAAAAAAUGUUUUAACUGUUGGGAUCUCUGAAAGACAGUGAUGCAUGUCCAGAGGUGUUGGCCAGUGCUCACUGAAUGAGUCAUCCUGAAGUGGUUCCAGGGUAGUGAAGUGAACUUAAAGAAAGAUUUUCUCUUUUGAAUACCUGCUUAAAAACAUGAUGUCUACGCACACAAACGUACAUGCACAGAGACAUCCUCUUAUAUCAUCCCUCUUCUGUGCACUGACAUUACUUUCUCCUCCAUCUGUCCUCCAUAUCUGACACAUUUAUUGUCCUUGCAGACCCCUUUAUGCUCUCUUGCUUACAAAUAUAUCCAUUGUAAGUUAUAAGACAUCAUUAUUUUCCUUUUUUUCCAGCUUACAUAUUCAGUAUGUGUAUCAAACCCAGCAUAUAUUAGAACCAACCAAAAACAAAGUCCUCGGUAGAGUGAAGGGAUUUUUAUAUCAGCAGUUGGCUUGGCUUGUUUUAAAUGUCAGCGCAGUUAAACUUUUAUUGAAAGUGAUGUUUUACACACUGCUCGGAGGAGACAGCCUGGGUGCACUCUGACAUUUUGAUACUAUAAUUUUUGCAAAAAACCCCAAACCAAACUUGGAAUACAUUAACCAGGCUAAAACGUGGCAGAUAUUUAAUGCAAAGUGAUGCAGAAGGAGCUGAAACACACUUAUUUUUCCUUUCCCCACUACCAAAGUAUUUGGAAUGGUUAAAAUCAGUUACCUUGAUUUGCUUUGCAUCAGCCAUAACUUGAAGAAGUGAGGUAACAAGAAUCAACCACCAGCAACAGGAGUCUUAAACUCUCCUCACUUUCUGCUCGCAUUACAGAGACAUAUGGCUUAUUUUCCUGCUGUACCGGCUGGUUUGAAGGUGUUUCUGUACAAUAGCCCGACCGUUGCACGGCGAGAAUCAACGGUCAUCCAGCUGUCUGCUCCGCUUCUUGCUUAUCUUUGAUGUGCCCAUCAUUUUAAAUCUGCCCAUCAGGUUCUGUCAAUCACCAUCCCUCAAAACCAGGCUGCCAACUCGACACAGCUUGAAGGUACCGCUGCAGCGUCUCUUGUUCUUUUAUUAGCCGCGAAUGCUUUCUGUCUCCAUCCUUUUUCAUCUGCAGGUUUUCAUGCUUGGAAAUUCACGCAUAUUAUCAUUUAUCAUC